UAUUCGCUGCUCGACCGUAGCUAGUUAGCUAAAAUAUCUCAAAUAUAUAUUGUUUGUUUGAUUAAUAAUAACCACUACAGUUUAUAUUUAGUGAAACGUAAGAUUUUGUUUAUUUAAAGAGCGAAACAACACAAUUUCAUCCUUCCUGGUUUCAGCGUCACUUUGAAACGUCUCAGGCUAGCUUAGCUGGCUAGCUGCUAAGAAAGAGACAAAGCGGAAGUGAUCGACACGUCGCUAAGUGUGCGUGUAAAGUGUGAAAAUGUGCAAAGUAGAAAUGCUGAGAGUGUUGGUGAAGCAGCGACUAACUGCUGCUGUGGAAGAAAUAUUUGUAGUGUUAGAAAGAACGAUAGCAGAAUACGAGGAGGAACUUUCUAGAACAAAAGAGGAGAACGAGCGACAACGUCAACUACUGGACGCUCUUUUCAACAAACAUCAACAAGCAGAUAUUGAGCGCAUCAAAGAGGAGGAGGACGAAGAGAAGAUUGAAGGCCUGGAGGAAGCGGACAACAUUAAGUUCCCAGUGAUUGGCGUCGUUGUGAAGAGUGAAGAUGAUGAGGAGAAGAGAGAGGCGGAGCCUCCAAGCAGCAGCGCCGCACAACACAUGACAACAGAAGGUGAUGGUGGAGGAUCACAAGCAGACAAGCUCUUAGCUCCACUUUCAGAUAGCGACAACAUGACCUCUCACUCUGCUGACACUGAUGAUGAUGAGGAGGCUAAAGCUGACGAGACGUGUCACGCUGACAACACCCGCUUUCCAUGCGCUCACUGUGACAAAACUUUUAGUGACAGCAGUAACCUGAAACGACACCUAAGAAGUCACACAGGAGAGAAACCGUUCAUUUGCUCCGUUUGCGGCAAGACAUUUUUGCAGAAGAUAAAUUUGACAGCACACACGAGGACGCACACCGGAGAAAAACCAUUUUCCUGUUCGGUGUGCGACACACAUUUCCGCCAUCAUUCAGCGCUGACCCGACACAUGAGACGACACACCGGUGAGAAACCGUUUACCUGCCCGGUGUGCGGCAAAGCCUUCCUUCUGAAAGGGUCCUUGACGGAACACACGAGGACACACACUGGCGAGAAACCUUUCAAGUGCUUAUUUUGUGGCAAAAACUUCUCUCAAAAGACACACCUGAGAACUCACACCAGAACACACACUGGAGAGAAACCUUUUGCCUGCUCAGUCUGCGGUCAAAGGUUCUCUGUUAAAGCAGGCUUGACGUCGCACAUGAGAACACACCCUGGAAAGAGCUGAAGAAGCCAAAAGACGUUUGUUUAAACCGGCC